AUGCUGAGGUCCUGCUCCUGCUUGGUCCUGUGUGUGACCCUGUCAGCUUGUCCAUUUUAUUGUCCAAAGAUUGCAUGUUUGCGAGCAGAAUUGAGAGGAGUGGGAGUUUAUUCGAUCGCCUCCUACUACUCAGAAGGCAGUCCGCCCUCUGCCCUCUCAUCCUCCGUCUCCUCUUCAUGCAGAUCACUGGGGUCGGGGCCUGUUCCCGAGGGAGCCGCAUAUCAUCCACCUCGGGCUCGUGAGAGUCGUGAAAGAAGAACAAGGAUUCUGCUAGUCCGUACAGUUACAGUAUUUUUGAACCUACUGGUGAUCAUCUCCAUCUCUCACUUCAAGCAGCUCCAGACUCCAACCAACCUGCUCAUCCUCUCUCUGGCUGUGUCAGAUCUCCUGGUGGGACUGAUUGUGAUACCAGUAACGACUGUAGCAAUAAUGGAAUCAUGCUGGGGUUUUGGGGAAUAUUUCUGUGUGUUUCAUUUAUAUAUGGCUUUUUUAUGUACUUCUUUAUCUCUGGGCAAUUUGGUCUUGAUAUCUAUUGACCGCUAUGUUGCUGUGUGUGAUCCCUUAUUGUACCACUCUAAAACAACAAUAACAAGAAUGACGUGUUGUAUAUCCAUUACCUGGUGUAGUUGUAUCAUAUACCGUGCUGCUAUUGUAAAAAGCUUUGUAAAUGUACAGGUACCCAGUAGGUGUUUGAAUGAAUGUUUUACUGUUGAAGGGAUAACCUGGGCUAAUAUCGUUGAAAUUGUAAUUACAAUGGUUGUCCCGUGCUCUAUUAUUAUAACACUUUAUAUGAAAAUCUUUGUGGUGGCCAGAUCACAGGCCAGAAAGGUAUUUUCAAAAGAGACCGCCAGAGUGUCUGGUGUUAAAACUGUACAGGCAAAUAAGUCUGAGAGAAAAGCAGCAAAAACUCUGUCUAUUGUUGUUGUCAACUAUUUCAUUUGUUGGAUUCCAUCUCUAUUUGUUUUCUUUUUUUUGUCAUUUUUAAGUGACAAUUUAUCACUUUUCAUCCGUUUUCUGCCACUUGUUAAUUCCUUAAUUAAUCCAAUAAUUUAUGCUUUGUUUUAUCCAUGGUUUAAAGUGACAGCUAAACAUAUUAUAACUCUGAAGGUAAGGCGUUCAUAGUACUAUGUUUUUAUUCCUAAAUUUGACGAAAGUAGGUUUGAUAUAGUUAUGUUAUAGAAUUGUUGUAAUUUCGUCUUUCAUGUAACAAUACACUGACACUACUUAUCUCAGUGUUCUCAUCAUAAAUACAUGUGGUACUGAUACAGAAUGUUUUGUCUGGAUUGGAUUGGAAUGACUUGGAGAAGGUAUAAGCUUGUUUUAUGAAAUACAUUGUAGUAAUUUUUGGGUUGUAUUUUCCAAAUAUCAAAGCCUGUUGAUGUCGCAUGGUAUUUAAUGUGGACCACAGGAAGAUUAGCUGAUGCUUUUGCAGUGGAUAAUGGGGAUCCUAAUAAAUACCAAAAUUAUAAAUAGUAUGUAAGUAUUCUAAAAGUUAAUUUCAAGAAUGUCAUGAGUCAUUCUAUGUGUUGUCUAACAUCUCCCUCUAGUGGUGUAAUUUGGACACAACGCCUGCAACAAGCGCUGUAAAGUUGAAAUGUACAAUACUGCAAGAUAUCAGAUAACGUCCAGGUCUAACUAAAUUGUGUAAGUAGUUGAUGGUAAAAUGUAAGAAUAUGCAAUUAUUGGUAACACUUUAUAAUGUUCAGUUAUAAACCAUUUGUAAGGCAUUUAUAGUGUUAACCAUUUAUUAUUAAUUACACAUUUGGCGGAAUUUUACUCAGAUAUUCUCACAUUUAUAAAUAACUACUACAUUAUAUGCGUUAAUUAUUUAAAACUACAGUGCAAGACACUUCAACACUACAUCACUGCUAACAGGUCAGGGAUCACUUAAGAGCAGCUCUCUCAGAUGCUGUGAAUAUAGAGAGUGGAUAUCACACUAAAGAAUUUGUAAUGGAUUAGUAAAUAGUUUAUUUAUAAUUAGGGAUACAGCGACCAGUGAAGCUCUUCCAUUUUGCCAACUGCUCCCUCAUGAUUACCAGCAGCUGAGCUGAACAGGUUUGCUGGAUAAUUAUAUACAAUAAUGACAGUGGGCAGGUAACCAUCAACUGGAACGGGACAGCCUUCCCCCGGGUGGUGGGAUAUGAAGGUGUCCGUGGUCAGUGCGUGGCCUGGAUGUGGCUGCAGUUCCAGCACCAGUCCAUAGUUAUGACCCGGUUUAAGUCAGUUCUCUGCCAGCACUGUGAGGUGUCUGGGCUCUGGUUCUCGCUUAACCAACUGGGACAGCACUAGCCUGCAUUUGGCCUCGUAGCUUGAUCCUCUCCCUUGUACAGUGACACGCUGAGGGCCUGUGGCACCAGGAGGAAUCUUGGUGUGCGGAAGACAGACAUGUUGAGGAACAGAUGUUUCUCCACGCAUCCGUGGCAGCUGCCGCUAUAGCCUGAUACCAGUCUACCUGCAGGGGACAGACAAAACAAGACAUAUUAGGUUCACACUCCAGAAGUAGGACCUAGACUUCAAUUGACAGUACUUGAAAUGUCAGAGUCAAUAUAGGCCUUUAGCUGCAAUAAACAAACCAAAUGCU